AUGAAUGUUCAUGACCAAAACAAACAGAGUGAGGCUCCUGAAUCUGUGCAGAAAGUUCAAGUUCAGGAGCAGUCUCAAGAACAAUCAGACUCUCCACAGUUGAUUCGAACCGACAGUCAUAAAGUCGUUGAUAAGUCAGAAACCGAACAUACUAAGGAUAUAAUCGUGAAAGCGGGAGACGAAACAGCAGUAGAGCCUUUAAAAUUGGAAAAAUCUCCAGAAGAAUAUGACAAUCGAGUUGGGCCCGAGCUUGCUCUCAAGGCAAUGUCUAAAGAUGAAGAAGUCGUUGAGCCUCAGAUUUUACCUGUAUCAGAGGAACUAAAUAUAGAGCAGGUGCCGUGCAGCGUGACUAAAAAUGACGCAGAAGAUCAUAGCUUGCCAGUAAAAGAGGUUGUCGAAGGCGAGAAAAAACGGCUUAGUUUCCACGCAAUGGAAGAAAGUAGCGGUAGUGACAUCACGCCCUCACCUUCCCCUGUGGUUCAGAGGAGGAGGCUAAAAGUGACCGAUGUGUCAUCUACCAGUGAGGAGAACAAAACGGAAAGUGCUGACUCAUCAGUAGAAGAUGAAGACUUCAUCCGCAGUCAGAUCAUGGGCAUGGGUGAUGAAAAGGAAAUGUCUCUCUUGGAGGAUGAAAAAGAAACAAAAUUGGACAAUGAGGAAGCAAUAAAAAAGGCGGAGCUUGAUAACGCCUCCACAAAAUCCAAUUUACUCUCUAACAAGGGCAGCACAGAUAAUGAAGGAACGCUAGUAUGGACGAAAUCCCCUCUAACAACAGGCGAGACAACCAUACAUGAAACUGUUCCCAGCACGACGUUAAAGAAAGCUAUUCCAGUUAUCAAACAUAGACAAAGCACUGAUGAAGAGGUAGAGAGCAUCACUGAGUCCUUGUCAAAAGGCUCAUCUAGCAUGCAUGUUUCUAGCUUAACUCCAGCUUCGUCACCUACGUCAGCAUCAUCCCUGGAGGAGGACAGUGAUAGCAGUCCGAGUCACAAAAGAAGUAGUGGGGACAAACAGUAUCGCAAGGGUAAACACCGACAUGCAACCCAGCCUCUCCCCACCAUCGAAGACUCCUCUGAGGAAGAGAAAUCUCGCAAAGAAAAGAACCAAGUCAACCUCCAUGGCCGCUUGUCUCCAAAUAAAAGUUCUUCACCUGCAGACGAUCUUAAACAAGUCACAGUAAUAGAGGAAACCAGUAAAACAUCUGGCUCUGAGUACUGGGCCAGCAUUGAAUCAGAGCCAGAAGUAAAACAAGCAGUGCAGAGAGGAGGCAAACCUUCUCCAACGGUGAUACCAUACACUCCAUCUGAGUCAUUUGAAGAGAAGGAAGGUGUUUCAAAAUCAUUAAAGAGUGCCGACCAAGCGUAUGAGGACAUUCUUGAGAAGGCCAAAGCUAUCCCAGGUGAUAGUCCUCCUGGUGUUGAGCCUCUUUAUGGUGGAAUGUCAAUUGAGGACUAUCUCUAUGAAUCCUUGGUUGAGGAGCCCGAGAUAAUGAUGGCUGAACCUAAAUGGGAAACAAGCCCUGAACCUUUGAAGAAACUCAGGUCUCCGGAGGAAGUUUACGAAGAGAUGAUGGAAAAAAAGAGGGAGUUGAUGAUGAUAGAACAAGAGUUUAAACAGGCCCAGACAGCCUUGGAAUCUUCAUCUGUGUCUCCUCCAGAUCCUGAGACCUGUGUAGUAAUCAUGCCCACAGAAGCCACAUUACAAACUGGAGAAAGCAUGACUCCUCCUUCUGAUGAAACAUCGGUCAAGAAGAAGAAACGACCAGCCCCACCUCGCCCCACUGAACCCCCCAAAAGAACUGAGGUGGCUGUUGCUCCAAGCACAACAUCUGGUUCAAUAGGUUUUGUUCGGCCCAUGGUACCUUUAGAUCCUGCAAUUAGAAAGGCACUCUUUCCCAUACCUGACCUCAAAAUUACACAGUGUUCAUCAGGAGAGGAAGAGGAUGACAGUCUAGCCGAUGAGUAUGGUGUUGGUAUUUCAUCUGACAUUACCCCAAGUGAUGAUUCCGAACCUAAAGACGAUCAAUCCAUAAGCCCACCCUUGUCUGAGCCAAUUGAAAUUGAGCCAAUCUCUGUGGUCUGUGAAAUCCCAGAAGCAAAACCCAUUCCAACUCCAAUAUCAGCUCCAGAACUGACAACGACACCUUCCCCUAUAUCACCACAGUCACCACCAACAUCACCGGCCACGCCCGAUUCCAGUCUGGAAUCUAAUACCACAUCUUCAUCCUCCUACCAGGCUCAAACACCUCAAUCUUCAGACUCGACUCCUCUCUCUACACCAACAACUUCUUUAUUAACUCAAACCCCACGAGAGGGUGCACCCCUGAUAUGUGUUAAAGGUGAUGUACCGUCAAAAGAAAGCUCUGAAGUCAUAGUUGCAAUUCCAGAUGUGGUGUCUGAUCCGUCUAAAGCUGAAACGGCUGAACCGAUCCAAGCUAGUUCUUAUGUCCGAGAAUCUUCAAUCUCCACUACAGGAGAGAGACCUCCGCCAGUUGUAGUUGAAAUGCCAGAUUUGGUUUCAUCCCCUUCGCAAAUGCCCAUUGAAGCUGCAUCGAUGCAAGAAGUGUUAGCAAAGAACACAGAACUUGUUGCUGUCGCAUCCAAGCCAAGAGCCCCAUUUACCCAGUCUCCACCUACAACCAUUAUACAAGGAUCUGUUCCAACUUCACCUCAUGUACCCAAGACCUCUGCUGUUGCUGCUGUAUCAUCCCAUGAGCCAAUUAUAACUACUGAGGCGUUCACAAGAAGAACAUCAAGACCUACUAUACACGACGUUCCACCUGGUGGAGCCAUUGCUCCAAUCACCAUCACUAAAAUUCAGCAAGAGUCCAUUGAAAGCCAAGAAAUUCGAGGUCCCGAAAAGGUUGUCUCCAGUAUGAGUCGCAAGUACUCUUCUUCGGUUUCCACUACGGGCCAGCCUGCUGAAAUCCUGCCAAGUUUAGUCACCCAAGUUGUAACCACAGAGGUCCAGAGAACCACCGUGUCUGUAGUGCAUGAAAGACUUCCUCCACCAAGCGCAGAAACCAACAUAAUACCAGAUGAAAGCAAAUAUCAAAUUCAACCGAAACAAAACGGUAAAAUGAUUUAUCAUGGAGAUGUUAUGGAUUUACGGACUGUAAAGGUUGGUGCGAAGAUGACUGAACAAGGUAUGGAUUUGACUCCACCUGAGUUAUAUCGACAUUCAUCCAAUGACUCUGUGCGUCAAAUAACAGCAGUGCAGCCUGAAAUUGUAAAUCUCAGUGCCGAAGUUGUCCCUGCAACUACAUUGGCUUUAGUAACUGACAGCAUCACAAUUGUCACAUGCACUGCCACCAUUGCUUCAUACGGCAACCCUCCAGCAGAGAAACCGCUUGACUUACAAGGGCCUGUAACAUCCUUACCCCUGCCUCUCACUACAUAUAAACCAUGUGAGCCACUGGCACAAAUUGUAUACAGACCUGUGAGUGCCCAGCCUGUAGUUACAUCCACAGCUCAAGAACUACCAAUGAAUCUGUCCUAUGGAGCAAUCGUCAGUGGGCACAAACAAUCAAAAACUCCCACUUCAACAGAUAUCAACAAUGUUCUAGCUUUAGAGGCGAUGGGUGCUAUGGAUCUGUCCAACUACAAACCAGUGAGGUCAAUGGUAGCCUUAUCUGGAACAAGCCCUGAAGUAGUUACGACUGUUAUUGAGGAUGAUGGGGCACCAGUUGACCUCACAGCUGGUAGAAGAAGUGUAUGUUGUGAUGUUAUAUACAAAUUACCAUUUACUGGAAGCUGUAGAACACAACCCCCUGUCACAACUCAGCCUGACAACCGUCUGGCUCACAGAGAUGACAACCAUCAGUAUGAAGGUACUGGACAGCGUAUCAUCCAUGGUGUGAAUGGCGACAAAGCUUUGAUAUCUGAUACCAGCCUCAGAGAGGUAGGCCUCUUUCCCUAUGAUCCCAACAAAGACUAUCACUACCUCAAUGGAUCAACAGACAGCGCUAUUGACCUCACUGCCAGCCAACUUUCUACUGGUAAAGCACUAGACUACACUAGCAAAGCCACUGCAACCUUGGCCAGGAUGACGCCUUCUCCGUCUUCUCAGGAUGCACUCACGGCUUACAGUGUCAGUAAUGCUCUUAGAACUUCAGAUGGAAUGGUUUACUCUUCCGUCUCUGUCCCAGUUCCAUCAACAUACGCAGUCACCACCCAACCUGGCUCUAUCUUUAGCACAAGCUUGGUGCCCACAUCAACAAUCCAGAAUCAGUCUGUGCCCCAACAAUUCGGCUACAUCCCUGCCACAGACCAAGUCCAAAUUAUACCUUAUGACACCGGGCUUUCGAAAGAACUUUUCCCCACAGCAUUGGCUGACAUUAUAACAGGCUAUCCAGAAAUGUACUCAGAUACUACACUAGAAGCACUCGCUGCUUCUCUCGAUGUGUUAGCCUCUUCUCCAAUAUUUCCUGGGUUAGACAACACAAAAAUGGCCCAGUACCAGAUGGAAAGGGAGUUUCUGGAGUUAGAAAAGCUUAAGCAGUUAUGUCUUGCUGAGGAGUUAGAGUGGGAGAGACAAGAGAUCCAGCGCUAUCGGGAACAGGAACAGCUCAUGGUGCAACAAGAACUUGAGGAACUCCAGGCUCUGAAACAACAGCUUCUUAUGCAACAAGAAGAAGAGCACCAUGCUCACAUGAUGGCUCAGCAGCAGACAUAUGCCCAACAGAAAGAGCAAUUGCAGCAAAUCCAGCAACUCCAGCUUCAACUUCAGCGUCAGUUAGAGGAACACUAUGGUAGCACAGGUACCACGACAAACCUCCUUGAAGCCAAAUAUGCAGGGAAUAGCAUACCAAAACGCCUUCAAGAUGAUCAAGAAACAGGCAAAAAGAUCAUUGACAGUGGGGUGCAGACUGACGAUGAAGACUCAACCGAAAAGCAGCAUGUUGGAAGAAGAAAGAAGAAUAAGAGAAACAUUGAUAGCUCAGCUCAGAGUGAUGAUGAAGACCAAGACGAUUGGGAUACUCCUGCAAAGGCUCGACGACGCUCUAGAAAACAUAGCAGUGAAGGAAAACAUAACUCGAAGGUUUCCAGCAUUGCUAUCCAGACUGUUGCUGAGAUAUCUGUUCAGACUGACCACUCUGGAUCUAUCAAACGACCUAAAGUUCAGAUGGACACCAAGCCUGGUCAGAAGUCUUUAUCUGAUCCUAAAUCUCUGAGUCCGGCCAAAGAAGACAGGAUGGGAGUCUACUACGCAGACACAUAUUCAGGUCGAGGUUCACCCUCCGGUACAGGUAAGAAGGUAAAGCGUACACUGCCAGAUCCACCUCCUGAGGAUGAUCCGCUGAUGGGACGCUCAGGGUACAGCUCCAACUCUGCCCGGCGACGGCUGGCUCGCAGCACUACGAUGGCCCGGGCCAAGAUUCUGCAGGACAUCGAUAAAGAGCUUGAUAUGGUGGAGAGGGAAUCUUCAAAACUACGCAAGAAACAGGCUGAACUGGAUGAAGAAGAAAAGGAAAUUGAUGCCAAGCUACGGUACCUGGAGAUGGGUAUCAAUCGGCGAAAGGAGGUCCUGCUUAAAGAGCGAGAAAAGCGGGAGAGGGCCUAUCUCCAGGGGGUGGCUGAAGAAAGAGAUUAUAUGUCAGACAGCGAGGUUAGCAACAUUAGAGAUGAUCGGAACGACGGACUGGAGAGGCCGCGAACGGCGCCUCAGUCGGAGUUUGAUCAGUUCAUACCCCCGCAGACUGAAGCGGAUUCCCAAUACAACACACUUACAAGCCCCUACUCUCAUUACGGCCAGUAUGUUCCCCAGACUCAAACGACAAGCCAUUAUACCCAACAUAAUCUGUAUGAGCCACAGUCCGUUUACCACCAACAGGUGUCUCCUUACCAGCAUGUCCCGACCCUCUCCCUCUCCCACAGUCAGGAUCAGACAAGCAGCUAUCAACACGCUCUGCUUCUACCACAAGGAAAGCAGCGGCAAACUGACCUCUCUGAUUUAGAGCCAAAGAUCGCAACUAAUUACGAGGUCAUACGUAACCAACCACUCAUCAUUGUACCAACCUCUUCAGAAAGUGGUUUUGGGGUGGCUCACCUUGGAGGCAAGUAUGGCAGCUUGGACUUAAGGCUAGGGUUAGAGGAGCGGAGCAUGGCCUCUAGUCCCAUGUCGAGCAUCUCUGCGGAUUCCUUCUACGCUGAUAUCGACCACCACAGUGCCAGGAACUAUGUACUGAUCGAGGACAUAGGGGAACUCACAAAGGCCUCAACUGGAUUGGGUACUACUGGCUUGGGUUCUGGAUUUAACCUGCCUGAUAAAGAGUUAUCCAAGGCAGACAGACUACUUAGGGCAGCACAAGUCAGACCAGAUUUUUUAGGUCAGUCCCAACUCCAAGUUUAUGGUAAAGGAGAAGAAGACACUAUGGAGGAGCCUUAUGAAUUAAAGCUACUGAAGCAACAGAUCAAGCAAGAGUUCCGGCGAGGAACUGAGGGACUAGAACAUUUAUCAGGCUUAGGCCUUCCCCAGUAUCUGCACAGCGAUAGCAGCUUUCGCCACUUCCCAAAAGGUGAAAAAUACAGCAUUGGAAGGCUCACUCUUGAGAAGCAGGCUGCAAAGCAACUCCCAGCUGCUGUGCUAUACCAGAAACAGAUGAAGAACAAAAAGGCCUCGCUAGACCCAAAGGCCAUCACUAAAUUUUCCCCUAUUCAGGAGAGUCGGGAUUUGGAGCCGGACUUUGGCAGCUACAUGGGAUCUGGAGCGUCCUCUGUUACCAACCUAGCUGCCAGAGCAAGGCUACUUCAGGAUGAGAUUACCUUUGGACUGAGAAAGAAUUUAUCAGAGCAGCAAAAGUACUUAGGCUCCUCACUUGGAGCCAACCUAGCUGGUUCUCUGGGGCAGUCUCUGGGACUCGGGUCAAAUAUUAGGGCCUCUGCCCAGGAUGAUGGAACUUACCCAAGCGGCAGUCGUUCUAGGCCAUCAUCUCGCCCUUCUUCCCGACCCUCCUCAGUCUACGGGUUGGAUCUAUCAGUCAAACGGGAUCUUUCCAGCUCCUCGCUACGACUCAAAACCGAGGGGGAGGUAUUGGAUGCAGCAUUCGCUCCCGGCGUGACUAGAACAAAACCCACCAGUUUGCCGAUCAGCCAAAGCCGGGGUCGUAUCCCCAUCGUGGCUCAGAACUCUGAGGAGGAAAGCCCCCUGAGCCCGGUGGGUCAGCCGAUGGGCAUGGCUCGAGCUUCGGCGGGGCCCCUCCCUCCGAUUUCCGCCGACUCCAGGGACCAGUUUGGCUCCAGCCAUUCCCUGCCAGAGGUCCAGCAACACAUGAGGGAAGAAUCUCGAACUCGCGGCUACGACCGGGAUAUCGCAUUCAUCAUGGACGACUUACAAGGUGCCAUGUCGGACAGUGAAGGACUCAGUGAGUCCAUGCUGGUGUUGAACAGAGAGGAAGCCAGAAUCUUUCAUGAAAGUAUCUCACACGCCUACCAUCUGAGACAAGAGGACACUGACUGGUUCGACAAACCGAGAGAAGGUCAUCCUCAGGCCAGACACAUGGCUGACAGGAGACAGAUGAAACUCGUCCCUUACGUCUUCCCUCACACUCGAGUCAAGCUCACCAGAGACCAGAGGGAUUCUAGCGUGUCAGGGAAUGGACUCGGGAUCCGGGUGGUAGGCGGCAAGGAGAUCCCGGGAAGCCGAGGGGAGAUCGGCGCCUACGUUGCCAGAGUCAUCCCAGGAGGCAUCGCAGAACAAACAGGAAAAGUCAUUGAGGGCAUGCAGGUGCUAGAGUGGAACGGCUUGCAUCUGACGGGAAAGACCUACGAGGAAGUGCAAGGCAUCGUUGGUCAGGCCUGUGCAGAGGCGGAGCUCUGCGUGCGGCUAGACCUUAACAUGCUAUCAGACCCCGAGCACCCACAAGUCCUGGAGCACCACGUCCAGCUUAAGGCUGUCGGAGGCCAGCGUUCCCCCGGUGUGGAUCCCAAUCAGCUGGCCGCGGAGCUGCAUAAGGUGUCCCAGCAGCAGGCGCCGGGCCGUUCGGCUCUUCUCCAUUCGGGCACCGGAUCAGCUGCCUCCAGCGGGGUGCCCAGCCCUGGCCAACCUGGCUCGCCAGCUAUCAAUAAGAAACAACGAAACAAGACCUCGGACAUGAUAAGGAUGUCUCAUCCCAUUACUGGAGAAAUUCAGCUGCAGAUCAACUACGACAGGAACGUAGGAAACCUGAUCGUCCACGUACUCCAGGCCAGAAAUCUGGCGCCGAGGGACAACGAUAGCUACUCGGACCCUUUCGUCAAGGUCUACUUGCUGCCUGGGAGAGGUCAAGUCAUGGUUGUCCAGAAUGCAAGUGUGGACAACAAGAGAAGGACUAAGUACGCCCAGAAGACAGUGAACCCGGAAUGGAACCAAACUGUCAUCUACAAGAACAUCCAUAUAGAGCAGCUGAAGAAAAAGACUUUGGAAGUGACAGUGUGGGACUAUGACAGAUCCUCAUCCAACGACUUCCUUGGAGAAGUCUUAAUUGACUUGUCUAACACCACCCAACUGGACAACACACCUCGCUGGUUGCCACUUAAGGAGCAGAGCGAGAGCAUUGAGCACAGCAGAGCCCACCACGGGGUUCAGGGGCCACCCGGGUCUGGAGCCGGGCAGGGGCACGGACCAGAGCAGGGAGAAGGGAGCUAUGAUUCACCCAUUAACUCUGUAAUCAAGAGCAGAAGCCAUGGAAUCUUCCCUGAUCCAUCCAAAGAUUUGCAAAUGUUGCCUCUGGAAAAGUCUCACAGCAGCCCGGGGAGCUCCAAGUCUUCCUCCGACGGCCAGCUCCGCUCGCACGGGCCGUCGCGGAGCCAAAGCAAGAGCAGCGUCACCCAGGCCCACCUGGAGGACGCCGGGAUAGCCAUUGCUGCCGCCGAGGCUGCCGUGCAACAGUCCCGCCUGCAACCAAUACUCCCCCGCUCCCUGCUGUCCCCGCUCCCCACCCUCUUUGCUCCCACUGCCCUCAACAAUUGGCGGUCAAAGCAGGAAACGGCAUCAUUCCGAGCCUCAUCCACCAAUGAGAGCAAAGAGAGAAAGAGGGAAGGACCAGGGCAUCGGCUGGGCGACAUAUCAGGACCGGUGGUGCUGUCGGCCCCCAGCCUGGUGGGCGACGCCUACGGGGGCGGUCUGGAUGGGGGUGAAGGUGGAGGUACCGGAGUGGAUAGUGCCAUAUUUCAAGUCCCACGAAUUGGUACGACUAUUCCAAAUGGAACGGACAAAAAUCACAUGGGAACUCCAGAGAAUGAAGGUAAGACCCAAGUAAUGGGUGAGAUCAAGGUGGCUCUGAAGAAGGAGGUCAAGACAGACGGCGACCAGUUGGUCCUGGAGAUCUUACAGUGCAGAAAUAUCACUUACAAGUUCAAAAGCCCGGACCAUCUGCCAGACCUGUACGUGAAGUUGUACGUGGUAAAUGUGGCCACUCAGAAGAGGAUCAUCAAGAAGAAGACCAGAGUUUGCCGUCACGACCGGGAGCCUUCGUUUAAUGAGACUUUCCGAUUCCCCCUGAAUCCCACUGGACACUCCAUUCAGCUGUUCUUGGUGUCCAACGGGGGCAAGUUUGUAAAGAAGACCCUGAUCGGGGAGGCCUACAUCUGGCUGGACAAGGUCGACAUGAGGAAGAGAGUGGUCAGCUGGCACAAGUUGCUCGUCAGCUCAACGCCUAGCAACCUCUGA